AUUCCGAUUUCUUAUCCUUGACUCUAGCAUCUUUCUCAGUCGUCAAUUACCAAUUUAUUGAGGUACGCUUACGCACACCCAGGCAUCUCGCCCUCAGCUGUUUACCUUCCCGACGACUGAAUUGCCGCCGAUCUCGCCUCUCGCCCAGCACGGAGUCGCCACACGCAGACUGUUGAAAAUGGUGGCUACCAGAGGCAGGAAAAAGAGUGCAAGCUCCGAUGUGACCCUUGAGGAGAACAAAGCUGCUGAAAACGGUCCAGCCGAGACACAUUCUGCUUCGCCGACAGUGGAUGCGAUAGAGCCCAAGGAGGAUGCUCAAUUGGAUGAAAAUAAAGACCUGCUUACUGACAAGGCAAGCAAUGAGAAUUUCAGUGAGAUACCUGGAGAAGAAGGUGAAAAAGUGACACAAGUAGACAAUGAACAUCCAAAUACGCCAGAGGCAGAAUCAGAUGGAGAAAAUAAGGCAGAACCAGAUGGACAAAAUAAGGCAGAACUGGGUGAAAAUGCUUUUGAAGAUGAUGAAAUAGAUGAUCGUGAAGAUAUGCUGUGGGGGGAUGAGGAUGAAGCUUUUGAGCACGACAGUGAAGACAGAGUUCUUGACGAGUACGAGGUUAGUGAGGAAGAGGCUACAGAUGAGGAUGACGAGGGUGAUGAAGUUAGUGAGGAAGAGGCAACAGAAGAAGAUGAAGUGAGUGAGGAAGAAGCAGUAAAAGAAAAAAAGGGCAAAGAAAAUAGUCAAGAAAAAAAAGGUAAUGAUGAACAAGAUGCAAGGAGCGCCAAGGUAAAAGAGGAUGGAAGGGAUGCCAAGGUAAAAGAAGAUGGAAGGGAUUCUAAAAAGGAUGAAUCAAAAUCCAGUUUGAAGAACAUCAAGAAGUCAAAUGGAAGUAGCAGAAAGAAAAAGGAACAAGCAGGCAGGUUGAUAAAAGUGGAUUCUGAAGAUAAGCCAGAGUCAUCACGCAAGGGAAAGGUGAAGAAGAGAGUUGAAAGCAUGGGAAUGAUUUUUAUGUGCAGUUCAGGGACAAAGAAAGACUGCUAUCAGCAUAGGGUUUUUGGUCUCCCAGAAAACAAGAAAGAUAUUGUUGAAAAGAUUUAUACUGGGAUGCGACUCUUUCUAUAUGACACUGAUCUGAAAUUGAUGUAUGGAAUCUACAAAGCUGCAGGACCCGGGGGUUACAAUAUCAAACCUAAUGCCUUCAAAUCACAAUUUCCAUCUCAGAUAAUUUAUUCAGUGCAGGUUCAGACAGUUAGGCAAGUUGGUAUAAGUUGAAGUGCAAUCUCUGAAAGGAAAAUCAUCCUUAAAAAUUGAAAAGCUCAGAUAAUCUUUUAUGCAGUACACCUUUUUUAAACCUCUGAUUGCCACACUUGUGUGAAGUUUUCAUGACCAUGAUCAAUUGAUCAUUGUCUUUUGGAGUAUGUUUUAGAGAUGAGUUUACGAUGAAAGAAUUUACUUUAAUAUACUA